UGUUGCGGCGUAUAUAAUAUAUGAUAAUACAGGAUAUACACUUACACUUCGGGAUAAAAAUCAGCUGGUCCAGAUAAAUUGAGUUUACCAACAUUAUGGCAGAUUUUGCCAAAGCACAACUUCUAAAAUAUGGUUGGACAGAAGGUAAAGGGCUAGGAAAACAGGAAGACGGAAUAGUUGACGCUAUAAAACCGAAAUUAAAAUUCGACACCGCAGGCGUUGGUCAUAAAUCCGAUAUUUGCAACAACUGGUGGGAAUCAGUUUUCAACAAAGCCGCAAAGAACGUUUCCGUCGACACAAAUUCUUCCGGAGUUUCCUUAAAUGUAGUGGAUCAAGAUGCCACAAUAUUCUCAAAUAGACAAGACCUAAAGUCUCUGCAGAAAGAACACAGGUCAGGUUAUAAGGCAUUCCUAAAAACUUCCAUACUAGAGAAUGGAAAGGUAACCCAGGAUGAAAUAAAAGAUAUCGAAAUAGAAGUGAAGCCUGAACUUUCCAAUUUCAUAGUCAGCGACGAUGAAUUGUUUAAGGCCUGUGGAGGCAGAACUGCACACAAAGGAGCCAGGCAUGGAUUGAAUUUAAAUGGAAAACUUGCCAGAAUUGCGCAGCAAGAAAAAGAAAUGCUCGCUGCCUUAUCGUUACGAAAAGGAAGCGUCCAGCCAAAGGAAGUCGCUGAGAAGAAAGACAAGGAAUCUAAAAAGAAGAAGAGAAAAAGAAAAGCUGCUGAAACAGAAAGCGAAGAGGACAUCAUCGAUGAGGACAAUAAAGAUAUUUCUCAUUUGCUAAAUAUUUCGAAAGAUAAAGGUCUAUCGAACAAGUCCCAGAGAAAAUCGAACAAAAAAAAAAUUAACUCCCUGGUUCAAAUGAUGGACAAGUCCUGCAAACUCGAAGAAAGUCGGGAAGGUGCAAUCAAGAGUAUUGAGUGCAACAUGAAUAAAAAAAAGAGGAAAACAGCAAGCCAUGAUGCAGGAAACGAAUUUAUUUACACCAAGUCCGUGGAGAAAAUGACUAGGCUUUGUAAAGAAAUGGAGAAGAUAAUAGAGAAGUGUAAGAAACUUGAUCCAAAGACGGAAAGUAGCUGUGAUACUCGUACUGCUAAAGACGAAGAAGAUUAUUUGGAUCUCUUCAAAGAUAUUACUUUCAAGCGUUACGAACAACAGGAUCCUGAAAAAUUUCUCAACCAGAUGAAAAACAAGAUGAAGAACAGAACGGAUGACAAGAAGAUGAAUAAGUUGAGCGAACAACUUGAUAAUUCUUGUUCCCUUAGCGGAAAAGGAUCGAAGAAGAAGAAAAAGAAGUCUCGUGAUCGGUUCGUCGCGUUUGAUGAUGAUAUUAUUUCGAGGAUAGAUGCAAACAAAUUGAACAGUAAAAUUGAAAAGAAGAAGAGAAAGCGUUUGUUGAAAGAAGAAUCAUUGGCGUUGCUAGUGAAAAACAUGAGUUCAAAAUCUAAAGGUAAACCAGAAUUAAGCGACUUCCUGUAGACAUUUUAAUAUGUUUGGGACUACUCGAAAAAUUUAGAAUUUUUUUAAUUCUGUAAUUUAAUUUAAGAUGUUUUUUUUUCUUUUUUCUUUUAGGAACUCUGUUUCCCUAUACUUUUAAACUAAAAUCAAUUUUACUACCUUCCAAAAAUGUCAUUAAAAUGUAUACUGUACAAGUGUACAUACUUAAGUUUCAUAAUGUUCCAUUCGGUCUUACAAAAUUUCGAACUGUUUUUUCCCAAACAUUGGAUUAUAAACAAAAGUUGAUUUGUUUCAGGAUCCAUUGUUAGCGAAUCGUGUAAUUAGAUCGUGAAUUUUAUUUUCUUUAUCGCGAGGUAAAGAGGGUUAAAGUGUUGAAAAAACAUAGUAAGGGAUGCAUAAUGGCCAAUACUGUUUUAUAUACAAUUUUGUAUUUACCGCCGAAAAGUGAUUGUUUAUAAUGUAAAAUUUGCAUCACGAAUUAAAUGAGGAUACAUUUACUAUACAUAGAUGGUUUUAUCAUUCAUAUUUACUAAUUAAAUGUACAAUUUCAAACAAAAUUAAGUCAAAUAUAUAACUAUUUGUAAUUUCAA